AUGGAAGUGCUUGCAAAAGACCUACAUAAAACAAUUGCAGAUGAUUUUAACAAAGUUAAAAUCAUUGAAGAAAUUGACCGGCAACGCGGUGGAGAAGCUAUACUAGAAAUAGAAGACUUAAAGGAAGACUUGGUCAUAAACGAAAAAAGAGCAGAGAAGAUUGUUAAAUAUUUAGAAGAAAAAGAAGAACAGGAAACGGGUGAUCAAACUCGAAUUGCCAGUUUGGUGGGAGAGAUUUUCAAACUGGAUCAAAGGGUAACCCAGUUGAAUGAAAAAGUACAGAGACACGAGAACAAACUUACAGAAACACUAAAUGAUCACGAAAGAACUGAAAACGAAUUAAAGGAGAUAAAAGGUGCUCUUUGUACAGGACAGAUUGCCUUUGACUUCGAGAAGGACCUUGCCACAUACAUCUACCCACAUGGUAAGAAAUUCGGAUCCCGCACAGUAUUCACAAACAUGACGGCAUGGCUGGAAAAGAAAAAGGAUACGAAAGAAGGACGUGAAGGAAACACAAAGUGGAAUAAAUUGCAGAAAGAGUUCUCGUGGUCAAAAGAACAUGAAAAGGUAUUUCUUCGAUUGCUUGAGUCCAGACGAAAGUUUGCGCACCCACAAGUUGAUAGGAAUACAGUUCAAUCGCAGAUUCCCGACAGCUUUACAGAACAGGAAAAGAAAUGCAUUAUGGAUAUCAAUAAAAUGGUUGAUCGAGUGAACGAAUUAAUGUAA